AUGGCUACCAGCGCUCAAAGUCCUACCUCUCAAGCCACAAGCACCCCCAAUGGCGACGAGCACGAUGUGUAUCCCCCGGUGUCCAAGAAAAGCAGGGCGAGGAGAGACAAGCAAAUCACCGCAGAAGAGAAUGCGAAGCUAGUCCAAGCGCGGCUUUCACAGUUGGAGCAAGAAAAGGCUGGUGAAAAGACGCAACAGGCAGAAGUGGACCGUGAAGUGAAGAAGGCCACCCGAGAUCUGAACGAAUUGAUCAACAGCGUCGAAGGCCCCCUCAGCCGACUCGACCUUGUACAAAAGAAAUAUGAGGAGCUACUGGGCGAGAUGAAAAAGCUGGAACGCGAUUAUGCUAGGAACAAGAAGCGAGCAGACCAGUUGCAGAAAGAACAAGAACGGUCUAAAUCGGAGCACAAUAAGACGGCUACAAUGAAGGAUAAACUCGAAAAGCUGUGCCGGGAGUUGACCAAGGAAAACAAGAAGCUCAAGGAUGAGAACAAGAAGCUAGAAGAAACGGAGAAGCAAGCACGGGUGACGAUCAAUGAACGCCUGGAUCAGAUGCUGUAUGAUGUCCAAGAGGUCAUGAACGGCAAUACAACGGCGCAUUCUGAAAAUCUCCACCUCGAACUAGAUGAGUUAUUCAAGACGCGAUGCAAGGUUCUAGCAGACCAGGCCGAGCUUCGGGAGAUGCACUUCAAAUCCAUUCUUCGCCAUAAAGACGCCGAAAUUGCUCACCUACAGGCAAAGUACGAAGUUGAACGCCGCCGGGCCGAAGCAGAGGCUGCACGCUGUCGCACCCUCACAAACCAAGUCUCAACCUUCUCCCAUACCGAGGCCGAGUUGCGCAGUCAACUCAACAUCUACGUCGAGAAAUUCAAACAGCAGGUCGAAGAUACUCUUAACAACAGCAACGAGCUCUUCCUCACCUUCCGCAAGGAGAUGGAGGAGAUGUCCAAGAAGACAAAGAGACUGGAGAAGGAGAACCUGACUCUCACUCGAAAGCACGACCAGACCAAUCGAAACAUUCUCGAAAUGGCCGAGGAGCGCGCGAGGGACAAGGAGGAUUUGGAUCGACUUCGGAAGCAAGAACAGCAGAUGCGCAACAUCAUCAAGACCAUGCAGGACCAGGGCCGCGGUGGGCCGACGCAACAGGGGCAGGUCGACCGAGAACGUACCGAGAGUGAGUAUGAAGAUGAGUACGACGACGAUGGGGAAGAAGACGAGGAGAGUUACGAAGGAGAAGAGGAGUUGGAGGCGCACAUCGCAGACGCAAAGCCCGUUUUUGGACCCGAGCCGCCGCCGGAAAUGCUGAAGGCAAACGGCCAGAAAGCCGCGGCUGUCGUUAAUGGCGUCAAGCAUUGA